GUCCCUUUCGGCGAGACCCGCCACGUCCGCGAGUGGCUGGGGGUCAGCGGCGAGAUCCGGAGCCCCCCCGGCGAACACCCCAAGCGCCCGGUGCUGGGCUGGAAGUGUCGUCGAACCGAGGUGAGCGGCGCCCGUUUUUGGGGUCUCUUCCGUUCCCUGUGCCCGGACCCGAGGGGAUUUUUCCGUCACUGCUUCGUCCACAACCACUGCCCCCUCCUCUUCCUCGCCCCCAGCGGUCGCAACCUGGCCCCCGCCGAGCUGCCCCCGGCCCAACGCGCUCGGCUCUUGGCCCUUUGCGACCGGGCCUUGGCGAAAACCGUGGAACUUCUCGGGGUCCGCAUGGUGGUGGGGGUCGGGGGCUACGCCCGGCAGCGAGCCCGCAAAGCCCUGGGGGCCGCCGGGCUGCCCGUGAGGGUGGAGGGGAUCCCGCACCCCUCGCCCCGCAGCCCCCGAGCCAACAGGGGCUGGGAGCAGGAGGCCAGGGCCAGGCUGGGGGAGUUGGGGGUGCUGGAGCUGCUCGGG